CGGGCCUCGACUUUUCCCGGCCGCUGGACGAUGAGGCUUAUUGGGAUCCGCGCAGCAGCGCCGCUGCGGUUACCGGGUUACGAGUAGGACCGGGCGAGCCGCCGCAGUUAAAAAUGGCAGAAACAACCACUUCUCCACUGAAGCACUUUGUGUUGGCUAAAAAGACCAUUACCGCCAUCUUUCAACAGUUACUGGAGUAUGUCACCGAGGGCACAAAUUUUGUUGAAGCAACAUAUAAGAAUCCAGAACUUGAACAGAUAGCCACUGAGGAUGAUCUGGCAGAAAUACAGGCCUAUAAAAAUAAGCUAUCUGUCAUUGGUGAGGUGCUGGCCCGGAGACACAUGAAAGUGGCAUUUUUUGGCAGGACAAGUAGUGGCAAGAGCUCCGUCAUCAAUGCUAUGUUAUGGGACAAGGUUCUUCCCAGUGGCAUCGGCCACACAACAAACUGCUUCCUGAGCGUAGAAGGAACAGAUGGGGAUAAAGCCUAUCUGAUGACAGAAGGAUCCGAUGAGAAGAAAAGUGUCAAGACUGUGAACCAGCUGGCCCAUGCUCUUCAUAUGGACAAGGACCUGAAAGCUGGCUGUCUUGUACAUGUAUUUUGGCCUAAGGCAAAGUGUGCACUGUUGAGAGAUGACUUGGUUUUAGUAGACAGUCCAGGCACAGACGUCACUACGGAGCUGGAUAGCUGGAUUGAUAAAUUUUGUUUAGAUGCUGAUGUCUUCGUUUUGGUAGCAAAUUCAGAAUCAACAUUAAUGAACACGGAAAAACACUUUUUUCACAAGGUAAAUGAACGACUUUCCAAGCCUAAUAUCUUUAUCCUGAAUAACCGUUGGGAUGCCUCUGCCUCAGAACCAGAAUAUAUGGAAGAUGUGCGACGGCAGCACAUGGAGCGCUGCUUGAAUUUCUUGGUGGAGGAGCUCAAAGUGGUGGAUCCCUCUGAGGCACAGAAUCGCAUCUUCUUUGUUUCAGCAAAGGAAGUUCUCAGUGCACGAAAGCAAAAGGCACAAGGGAUGCCUGAGGGAGGUGGGGCCCUUGCUGAAGGAUUUCAGACAAGAUUCCAGGAGUUUCAGAACUUUGAACAAAUCUUUGAGGAGUGUAUCUCGCAGUCAGCAGUGAAAACAAAGUUUGAACAGCACACUAUCAGAGCUAAACAGAUAAUAGACACUGUGAAAAACAUAAUGGAUGCAAUAAACGUGGCAGCCGCAGAAAAAAGGAUUUAUUCCUUGGAGGAGAGGGAGGACCAGACGGACAGAUUGGACUUUAUUAGAAACCAGAUGAAUCUUUUAACACAAGAUGUUAAGAAAAAGAUCAAAGAGGUUACAGCAGAGGUAGAGAACAAGGUUUCGUGUGCUAUGACGGAUGAAAUUUGUCGUCUCUCCCUUUUGGUUGAUGAGUUUUGUUCUGACUUCCAUCCUUCUCCAAGUGUGCUCAAAGUGUAUAAAACUGAACUAAACAAGCACAUAGAAGAUGGUAUGGGAAGAAAUUUGGCUGAUCGCUGUUCCACUGAAGUCAAUGCCUCAAUGCACCAAUCGCAGCAGGAAAUGAUUGAAAAUCUGAAGCCAUUGCUUCCUACCGGUAUACAGAAUAAGCUCCAUGUAUUAAUCCCUUGUAAGAAAUUUGAUCUCAGCUACGACUUGAACUGUCACAAGUUGUGUUCUGACUUUGAAGAAGAUAUUGUAUUUCGUUUUUCCUUGGGGUGGUCAUCCCUGGUUAGCCGGUUCUUGGGGCCUACGAAUGCCCAGAGGGUUCUCUUAGGAUUAUCAGAGCCCAUCUUACAGGUGCCUCGAUCUAUCGCUUCUACUCCCUCUGCUCCUCCUAAUCCUGCAACACCAGAUGUUGUGUCUCAGGAAGAACUGAUGGUGACCCUCGUAACGGGCUUAGCUUCUUUAACAUCGAGGACUUCUAUGGGCAUCAUUUUCGUUGGCGGAGUGAUUUGGAAAACAGUGGGCUGGAAACUUAUAACAAUUUCCCUAAGUAUGUAUGGAGCUUUGUAUCUCUAUGAAUGGCUGAGUUGGACCACUCGAGCAAAGGAGAAGGCCUUCAAGCAGCAGUUUGUAAACUAUGCAACUGAAAAACUGCAGAUGAUCGUCAGCUUCACGAGUGCUAACUGCAGCCAUCAAGUACAGCAGGAAAUGGCUACGACUUUUGCUCGUCUGUGUCAGCAAGUUGAUGUUACCCAGAAACAGCUGGAAGAAGAAAUUUCUAGGCUGUCCAAAGAAAUAGACCAGUUGGAGAAAAUACAAAACAAUUCAAAACUUUUAAGAAAUAAAGCAAUUCGACUUGAAAACGACCUGGAGAAUUUUACCAGGCAGUUCCUUCACCCAAGCAAAUAGAAGAAUCUCAGCAGACUCUGGUGGCCCCAGAGGAGAAGCAGGACUCUUGACUCUUGUGUUGAUUUACAUGAAGGAUGACUCGAAAUAGGGAUUGUCUGGGUUUAGAUUCUGGCAGUGAUCUCUCUUGAGGUCUUUGUUUCUUAACAGUGGUUACGUGGUAUGUUUGGAUCCUUAGUUGUAAUGGGGGCGGGGGAGAGGUUAAAGAACCAAAUCUUUUGUGAUUUAAAAUAAUGAAUUUGUGAAGGGAAGUACAACUGAUUGUGAGACCUAUGGUUGGGGAAUGGGUUUUUGAGCUCCUAGAUAGGGUUUUGUUUGAUUCUGAAAAACCCUGCUUCCUGGCAUCCAGGAAUUAGAAAGACUAUUAUAGCCCCGUUUUUUCCAGAAUAACUUUUUCUGUGUCCUCUUUUAUUGGGAGUAACCAGUCUUUUAUUUUUUUAAAAUACUCACUUAUCUAUUAGCCAAGAAGAGGAGGAUGUCUUAAAGUGUUAUUAUUUAUGCAGAUAACAUCAUUUUUGUUAAUACAUUCAUAAAUUUUUAACUUGCCCAUUACAACUACCUAAUUGGGCCUUGUCAUCAAAUUGUCAUUCACUUAAAACAGGAUUUGUGGGUAAUAAUCCUCUUUCCCAAGCAAAAAAGGAACACCAUCUAUGAAACUCCUGAAAUGAAGUUGAAAGUGCCAGAUUGAUUAAAAAUAGUUCAGCCAUAUAGAGCAGUUAGAAUCCAAAGUGUCAGGAAUACUUUCAUGUACAGAAGUAAGAAGGGAGUGCUUGCCUGUGUGGGCUCGGGCUUUCAUGUGGAACAUUGGCCAAGUAGGGUUCCCCGGUGUCCUUUUCAUUGUGUGAAUGUGCCAGCUUGUGUUUCAUCUUACCAAGGUUUUCAUGUGCUUGAGUAUAUGGUGAAUCGUCCAGUUUGCUUUUAUAUCCAAAAUGGGGUUGAAGAAAAAUUCUGUUGCUCUCGGGGGAAAAUGUAUUGGCCAGGUUUGACAUUUUGCUGGGGAAAGAAGAGAAUUUCAUACUCCCUUAUUUUAGGUACCAGAGCUGAGCUCCUUCCCAGGGCUGCCUGAGCAGUUUUCUGUUGAGAACAUUUUACUGUAAAUAGUGAUUUUGGGGGGUGAUUCAUCCACUGCUUCCCUUUUUUGUGCCUUUAAGGCUUCUGAAUGCUAUUUAUUAUUUGACCUUCUCCAGGCAGGUGUGCCUGUAUUUUUAAAGAAUAAAUAGCAUUGUUUUUGGCCAUUAAAAGCCUUUCAAAUUAUUUAUAUAUAUUUUUAUGCAGAUUAAAUGUUUAACAGGAUAAAAUAUUCAGGUCCAGAAUUGAAAAAAAAGUUGUUGAGACUGCUAAUAACCCUGACAGGGCCCACAAGGAAGAAUGGGAAAAGUGGCAACACUGGGUGGUCUUGGAUUAGAGUUCACACUCAGGCCACAAACUGGCCCCUAGUAUGAGCCAGCUCCUUACGUGCAUGUGGGCAGCGCAGUGGCUUGGUUCCAUCGAUCUGACUAGUACAGCAGUCAUCAGUUUCCUUCAGUACUUUGAAAUAAAGACUUGCUACCUGAUUGUUUGGAAAUCUGUUGUAUGCAUGUUGGAAAUAGGAAAGAUGGCUUAAGGAACCAAAACCAACCCUCUUGGUCCCCCACCCCCCAUCCUAAAGCCAACCCAAGCCUACGACUUGCACAGAAAUUAUGUGAUUUUAGUACUAAUGUGGUUCAGACUUUUACAAAAUACUUGAUGUUUAUUUUCUAUGUCUGCAAGAUCAUUUAUAAACUUUGUAUAAUCCUAAACUUUUUACAAACAUAGUUAUUUUAUAGUGGUUCAAACUUCCAAGGGAAAAAUAAAAGCUAUACCCAU